AUGAUAUAGUUGACUUUAAAUUACUUGAAAAUUUAGCCAUAACAAGUCGUGGACAACUUACUGUAACAUAUAGCCUUGUAUAUCCACCUGAUGAUUGGGAAGGUUUAGAAGGAAGAUUAAAUUCAGGUGUAAUAUCAAGAUGGUUUCGUAUUAUAAGAGGAGAAACUCUUAUUUCAUCAUCUCCAAAUAUACCUCUUGCUUUACAAACACAUCAUAUGAAAACAUUAUCUCCUAAAAUUCAAUAUUAUGAUAAUGUUACAAGUGAAUCAGGGUUAAAAGAAAUUGAAUCAUCAACUGGUAGAUUAGUUCCUAAUAUAAGAAAACUUGUACAAGGCAAGAUUGUUGUUUGUGGACCACAUGCUAUGGUAAAUACGGUUGAACAA